AUGAGCGACUACAACCACAGCAAUCGCGCAUUCCUACAAGCCUUCAUGGCGCGCUCCACAAUGACCUACGAGGAGGCAUGUCCCAUCCUAGCGGCCAUUCUCAGCAUCUACGAAAGGAAUCCCAUCUCCCCAGAAGACGUAUCAGAAGACGACUUCUACUCGUACAUCGCCACCGCCAACUCCGCCAUCUCCCCCUUUGACCUUGAAAUCUGCAGCACCACGCGCCAGGUUACUCUCGAGGCGGGCGCCGAGCCUGUCAGGCCGGAGCCGAUCUUCGUGCUCGUGAACACUAGCAGUGAUCCGUUGACGCAGUUGGCGACGGCGUUCAGCGCGGACGAGAUUGCGUUCGUGAAGCGCGUGCUCGACUACAUGUUCGAUACGAAUAACACACGACGGUGCGAGGCGAUGGUUGUGAGUGGGAUACAGGCGAUGCAGCUGGCGAAGGCGUCGAGUGGGGAUGCGAAUCGUCGGGACACGCAGGGCGGGGCAACGCAGCAGACGCAGGGCGGCGCGGCGCAGUCGCUGAGUAUGACGCAGGCGGAGACGGUCAUGAAGCAGUUGGUGGAGGAUGGGUGGAUGGAGAAGAGUCGCAAGGGCUUCUACAGUCUUGGGGUGCGCGGGCUGAUGGAGUUGCGGGGCUGGCUUAUUGCGACGUAUAAUGAGGAGGACGAGGAUGGGCGGAAGAUCACCCGGAUUAAGAAGUGUUCGGCGUGCCAGGAUAUCAUUACUGUGGGGAGACGCUGCGGUGACCGAGAUUGUGGUGGCCGACUGCACGAUACGUGUGUGCGGAACUUCUUUCGCGUACAGAAGGCGGAGAAGUGCCCCGUUUGCAAGGGCGACUGGCCCGAUGAUAAGUUCGUUGGUGAGAGGGCCAUCACGUCGACCGAUGGGCAUAGACCGGGGAAAAUACGGAAUACGCAAGUCCAACGACCGAGUGCCGUGGGACCGAGUUCGCAGGUCCCAAGCGACGCGAUGGAUGGUCCGGCAGACGAUCCAGUGGACGAGGAUGCCAGCGAUUGA